GUCCCGCCUUCCUUCAGUGACGCGCUUCCGUCAAGAUGGUUGUCGGCGCUUUCCCCAUCGCAAAGCUGCUCUAUCUGGGCGUUCGUCAGCUCAGCAAACCAGUGGCCAACAGGAUUAAAGCAGGAGCGCGGAGAAGUGAAUUCUUCAAGAAUUACAUAUGUCUUCCUCCGGCACAGGCGUACCACUGGAUCGAGAUGAAAACGAAGAUGAGGAUAAUGGGCUUCCGUGGCGCUGGCAUCAAACCACUUAACGAGGAUGCGGCUGCAGAGCUGGGAGCCGAACUGCUAGGCGAGGCCAUCAUCUUCCUCAUCGGCGGCGGCUGCUUAGUACUCGAGUACAGCAGGCAGGCGGCGAACAGCAGGAGAAAGGAAGAGGAGCUGAACCUCACGAUCACCAACCUGCAGACUCAACUCGGAGAACUGGCCUUGACCACCGAAACUCUAGACGCUCAGCUCCGUGAGGUCAACAGGCUCCUACUGUCCUUGCCGUCUGCGCCGAGUGGCAAAUAACAAUUAGCGCACGGCACUGAGUGGAACAGACGGACUAAAUCUGUAUGUGCGUGACGUCCUACAAUACAAAGAAGCUCCACUGUGUAUAUAAUGCAAAUCUUUCCACACACAUACACAGCCUGUGAUUUAACAACAUUUAAGAACCUGUGGUUUAGUACGUGUGGCUUGGUUCAGUAUUGGAGAGCAAAUUAUUCAUUUCUUAUAAGAGUUGCACUCAAAUUAAUUUAUUCUCAUAUAUCAUAUUCCGCAGAAACAUUUCAUAUUUCUCUCUAGGACUUUUGCAGUUCGUAAUAAACUCAGUUUGGUUUGAUGCCUGUAGCUUAGUUAAGGUAACCCUAAAUAAGUGAAUUCUUUUGUGAUUGCCUCAGAAUUCAGCUCAGAGUCCACUUAUUUAAGAUUGACUUCCUGCAGCUCAGACCAGUGAGAGAACACAAAGAGAUUUUACUUCACACACUGUAUGCAGUCGUCUGGAUUGUUCUGUGCAUUUGGUUUGGUUAAGUUAGUAGAUGCUCUUCCUCUGGCUGCAGUUUCAUGCUUUAAAACUGUUGAAACGAUUGAGUUCGAGUGACGCAAAAAAAAGACAACUCUGGAUCAUUAAUAUUAAUUACAAGUUUGAGAAAAAUAACUACCUGAGACUUGUGAUAACAAGCCCCAUGCCUGUGCAGUGAUGCUGUUUUGUCUUGAAGGAUGAUUGCAAUGUGCAUAAAGAGAUGUAUAUUAAUUAUUGUAAAAUAAAAAUAAAUGUCCUAUAUCUUGACUGUU